AAGCUGACUAUUUAGCACACCACACGUAAUUGGGAUGGCUCAUCGAUUAUUCUCCAAGUGACAAGCAUCGAAUCUAGUGGGUUGAGUGAGCCAUCAUGCCGAAUCCCAUCCGCGAAGAUAUCACCACGCGGGAUGAUACAUCCUUCCCCUACGUUUUCGAGCAGAACGUCACCAUCGCUCUGAAGGACGAGUCCGGUCUCGUCCGAUGCAAUGUGUACCGGCCCAAGGAGCUUGAAAAAGCUCCCGUGCUAGUCACAUACGGUCCAUACGGAAAGGACAUCCCGUACGCGGAUUUCCAUCCCCAGUCUUUCAGCGAGGUCAAUCCGGAGCAUCACUCCGCUCAUUCGGCCUGGGAAACACCCGACCCUGGCUUCUGGACCAAGCACGGGUACGCCGUUGUCCGGGCGGAUGAGCGAGGAACCGGCCAAUCUCGCGGGAAGUUAGACACCAUGUCCCGCGAAACGAGCGAGGCUUUCUUCGACGUGGUCGAAUGGGCGGCCGAGCAGCCAUGGUCCACCGGGAAGGUCGGCUUGUUGGGAAUCAGUUACUAUGCCGGAAGCCAGUGGAGAGUCAGCGCGCGACAGCCCAAGGGACUGUCGUGUAUCAUCCCCUGGGAGGGCAUGUCGGACUAUUAUCGCGACCGCUGUCGCCACGGAGGCAUCUUGUCGAACGCGUUUAUCAAGUUCUGGUGGGACCGCCAGGUAAUCACGAAUCAAUACGGACGACCCGGCCGGGCUGCCCGAAACUGGGGGCCGGAUACCAUCGAAGGCGAGCUGCCGGAAGAAGAGUUGGAGGCCAAUCGUCAGGACCAGACGGUGGAUAAUGUGAACAACCGGUUCUGUGAUGAUCUCUACUACGCCAGCAAGGAAUACACCAUGACUGACAUCCAGGUUCCCCUGCUCUCCGUGGCGAACUGGGGCGGAAUCUUGCUGCACCUCCGUGGCAACGUGGAAGGCUUCACCCAAGCAGGCAGCGAGUUGAAAUAUCUCCGUUUCAUCACCGGUCGACACGAUCUGCCAUUCUACUACCAGGAAGAGGUUGAGAUCCAGCGCGGCUUCCUCGACGCGUUCCUCAAGGGCGAAGACCGGGCGGGCUGGUCGACGGGCACCGCGCCGAAGGUGGACCUGGUGCUGCGCAAGGGGGAUGUCGGAUUCAACAACGCCGAAGCAGAGAAGCAGUAUGCCCGACGCACCGAGACCGAAUGGCCGAUCGCGCGGACACAGUACACGCGGUAUUACCUGAGCUCGAAAGCGGAGCUCCUUACCAGCGCUCCGCAAGAAACGCCCUCCAAGCUCACGUAUCGUGCGCUGGGCAACAUCCAGGACCCCCAGCUGGUGCAGUUCACGACCGCGCCGUUCGAGCAGGAAACGGAGAUCACGGGCCACAUUGUCGCGCAUCUCAAUGUGUCGAUGAGCCCGCAGCCCGACUCGCCCGCGCCCCGGGAUAUUGAUUUGUUUCUUACCCUGCGGUACAUCUCACCCGAGGGCAAGGAGGUGUUCUACACCGGCACGGCUGGCGAUCCGGUCCCGCUGUGCAAGGGCUGGCAGCGCGUCAGUCUGCGGAAGGUCAAUGCUGAGCACCCCCGGAACAGACCGUGGCUGCCCCACCGGGACUACUACUCCACGGAUGCCCUCCCGGUGGUCCCGGGCGAGGUGUACCCGGUUGAUGUGGAGGUGUGGCCGACGAACGUGGUGGUCGAGAAGGGGGGGAAGAUUAUCUUCGAGGUGUCGUCGGGAGACACGCAGGGCUGUGGUAUUUUCCAGCAUAAUGCGCCUGAGGAUCGAUCGGAAGAGAAAUUCCACGGCCUGAACCACAUCAACUUCGGCCAUGGGGACAAUUAUGUCACGCUGCCUAUUAUUCCGCCCCGGGGAUGGCUGGAGGAGCUUCGGAUGGGUCGGUAGUGAUGAAGUUUGGUGGAUUAGCAAUCAAUGUUUGAAAUGUGAUACCCGGGUGCACUCCCGAUGUGGUCCCGAGGGCCGAUGAGAUCUAUAUACUACCUACAUCCGUACAACACGGGAACAAAGAAUCGAUAGUUCCUGGUAGAUAGAUAUAUACCAGCCAGUACCUCUUCUAGUAAUCUC